CAUUUGGAAAACAUCACGACCACAAGCAGAGAUUGCUACAAGUUUUACUGCGUUUGUUACUGUGAAAGGCAUUUUUUAAUUUAUUUGGAGUUUAGUUUUAAGUUAAAAAGUUUGUUCAUUUUAGUGAGCUUAUACUAAGCACCAUUUUCUGGUCGUCAAGUUCCUGUAGUUUUGAAUCUUCGUUAGAAUUAUGAGUUAUGGCUGAUCGAGAAUGGAUGAGAAGUUGGAGCUCUCCAAAUGGAACUCCCAGCUCUGAAUACUCUAAUCUAGAGUCUCGCCAAAAUUCUGAACCCUCCAUGUUUUCACAGAGCGGUAUUCUUCCCACACAUUCAUCUCACAAUCGGUUUGAACGGUCUCCAUCACACGGCCUUGUAUCUUCCAUUGGCCGAAGAACAAUAGAAAGAUCGCGGUCUCUGCGCAACAAUUUCAACGUCAUGUUUGAGGAGCUUGGACCCCUUGUAGAAAGAGUCAGAAGUGGUGAAAAUGUAGAUUUAGGUUCUUUAUUAAGAAUUCAGCAAAGAUCUGAUAGGCAAAAUACAGAGCCAUCAACUACCCAUCCAGCAGAUGGAAAUAGCAUCAUCAUAGAUGUUGAGGGUGGAGCACCGCCGGCUGCUUUUCCUCACAAUUUCAACGCAGAUGUUGAAUCAGGGUUGGGACAGAAUGCUGCCCCACAGUCCACUCAAAUGCAACCUAUGUCUCCAACCGCUAAUAGUCAUAGUAACAAUAAUAAUAGUGAAAAUCAUAGCUCCAGUAGUCCUGAAGAUAGUGGUGGAGAUGAAUUCAGGGGGAAUCCUGAUGAACUUACUAUACCAAUCUUAAGCAGGAGACUCCCUUUUAUCUGUUUGGUCUUAUUCAAAGUUAUUUGGGACAAUCGAUCCACUAUCUUCCUAUUUUGCGGGUUCUUCUGCUUGUUUAGAUUCUACAACAAUUUAGUCAAAAGAGAGGUUGCCAAACAAGCACAGCGAAGCAAAUUGUACCUAACCCUAGGCACGCUGCACAUUUUGUUCUCACUAUAUGCCUUUUAUUACUUUUAUUAUGACUUAAAGCUACAUCUAAGCUUAUUACUUAUCCCUCCUCUCAUUCAACCUGUCAAUUUCGGGGAUCUUCUUUGGUUGGUAGCAAUCACAGACUUCAACUUGAAACUGAUAACCAUAAUGAUAAAAAUAUUUGUUAUUUUGCUACCUGUUCGAUUAUUACCCACUUUAAAGAGGGGUAAAUAUUAUCUUCUUAUUGAAGUCUCCUCCCAAUUAUAUCGAGGCCUUGCACCAAUCCAGCCUUGGCUUUACUUCCUAUUAGAAUCAUAUCAAGGUCCACAGGCAAUUCUUGGAGUAGUGUUGUCCGCGUUUUACAUGGUCUCUAAAGGAAGUGAUCUAUUGAUCAGCUUGCGUGCUUGGUGGAUAGCUGUGAUAAAACUUCUUAGCAAUGUACAAUUGGGUGUUAGUCCAAGUAAGGAACAGUUAGCAGUAUCCGGAGGUCAGUGCCCUAUUUGCCAUGAUGAAUUCGACAGUCCUGUGAUGUUAGAGUGCAACCACGUCUUCUGUGAAGCAUGUGUCGCCAAGUGGUUCGACCGAGAGCCAACGUGCCCUCUGUGUAGAGCAAAAGUAACUGGCGAUCCAGCGUGGCGAGAUGGAUCAACAACUUACAAUAUCCAACUGUUCUAAUUUUCUAUAUUUUUAUAUCUUGAUUCAUUUUUCCCCUUUUAUCCCCAUUAACUUAGCGAUAAUUUAUUUUUCUAUAUCUCACCAAAAAUUAUCAAUAAUGAGCCUAUUGGGCUAAAAUGAUGAUUGUAAAAAGUCGACUGAUUUUCUUUGCUCAUAGAAACAAGACAAAUGUCCAUAGAUGCAAAAAUAAAAAUGAGGUUAGCACACUUAAAUGAAUAACAUAGCUUUGAGUGGAAACUCAAUAAAUUUUUGAAUACUUGACGAAAAGGUGUGUUUUAAAUCCUCAGCUCAGUGUUUUGGAAAGGGUAUAGUUUUGCAGCCAUUACAAAGAAAAAAAGUGUCGCAAUCUCAACUAUACCCCUGGCUGAUUUUGGCGCCAGAUAUGAGUGAGUUGCACUAGCCAUAGGUAUGGUUGAUUCAACCACACUUUCGGCAGCCUUAAAUGUACCUCUGAUCGGUGCAACUGCUUUUAUAUCUGGCGCCCAAAUCAGCCAGCAGGCUGAUUAUUGUAGUUGAUAGACAAAGAAGACAUAGGGAGUAUGGCUCGAUCCUAUCGGUUGAAAUUGGUGGUUCCUAUAGAUGAAGGAAAAAAAUUAUGGACCAACUGUAGGGUCUCUCGUGGGUUGCUGUUAGUAAGUCUAUUGCCUACUUCCAGUGUCCCUUGCAACCACCUGCUUCCACCAAUAGGACCCCUCCUUAUCCCUUUUGUCUUCUUUGUCAAUAGCUUUAUCGAUCAAUUUCAAUCAUCGGCUUGCAGGAGUAUAGUUAGGGUUGUGAUACUUUCUUCCCGUGUAUAAACUUUAACAAUGGCCAAUAAGCAUUUUGAAUUCUAUUUCUAAUUCCAAAAAAAUUUUUUAAAACAAAAAGUAGAGUAGAAAUUCUAGUAGGGUGUAACAUUUACUAAAUAAAUCUCUUAUUUUGUCGGAGCCCAGCUAUAAAAUUGAAGAUGAUGGAUACUUAAUAAUUAUAAAUUAAAAUAUACAUCAUAUUGAUAAUGAACGACAAUAAAAUAGCAUAUUUCCAUGAUUAAUCUAAAAGAUUAUGUAUAUUUAUGCAUUACAUACAUCCAUAUCCUAUUUAUCAUACACAUGUAUUUAUUUAAUUUUGUCUUUUUAUUGUCGUUAAGUAUCAUUAUGUCGCUUCUUUUAAUUUAUAAUUAAAGUUUAUGUGACCUUCAGUUUUAGUGAGUUAAAUGCUGAUGAUGGAGCUGGUCGCUGAAGGACCUCCAGUGUUGAGAUACUAUGAUUUUAAAGUGGAAGAUAAGGCUUAAUUUAGUAGGUUUUACUUCCUUGAAUCCCCAAAUAUACAUACAUAUUUCUAUAUUAUCUUGAGCUGAAUAACAUUGUUUCAAAGAAUGAGCUUCACUAUCUUCCAUCAGCCAUUCCCUGUCUCAAAAUUGUCAUUCAUCACUGCACUCUUCACUCAAGAUCAAGUUAGCACACAUUUUAAUCAAUAAUCAGACACUAAAUUCACUUUCGUCAAACUUAACGUUCACCCCAAAGUUUUGAUUUGUGGGAGAAAAGCUGUCAAGAAAAAUCAUCGCUGCAUAAGUGCAACCAUUAUAUUGUGAACAAAUUAAACUUAUAUCAGUAAAUUGUUGUCCCUCAGCUAAAGGUUCCCUAUUAAAAGGAAGGAUCCUGCACAUUGCUUACAGGAAUUGGUGCCCACACUGAUUUCAAAUUUUUUUAUGGCAUUGAACUCUCCCAUUGAUCCUGAUCAUAAGUGAUACUUGGGCCAAGUUUCUACAAUUCACCGUUUUAGCACAAUUUGCGGUUAAAGUUUCGAUCAUUUGCACUGUAAAAGAAGCGGGUGCAGUGACUUGAUUCAAAACGAUCCCUCUUUCUCUCAGUGCUCAAGGAGGAGCUGGAUGUCAUUCGUAGAAGCACUCAGCGCAAACCAAAAAAAACAGGCUAUUGCGCAUUCUCACCAAAUUUCACGAAAAGGUCAAAAAUAUGAGAAUGAGAAAGAAAAAUAUGAGAAGAAAUAUGAGGAAAGCAGACAGAGUAGGGAAAAACAAAUAAGAGUACAGACACACGUUGGGUUUUUCUAGCUUCUCCUACAACUUACUAGACAACUGAUCAAAAGCAAAACUUAGAGUGCAAUUUGUGCGAAAACCAUGGUGUGUAUAAACUGAGAGCAAUCGAGAGUUUCAAUCAAAGAUGUGUUUAAUGUAUUAAAAAAAUUAAAAAUCGGUGUGCGCAUCGAUUCCAGUAAGCAGUACGCAGGAUCCUCUGAUCUUAAUUUGAAAGAUUGGAUUAACUCUACAUCCCCCCACUAAUGUCUUUUUUUCUAGUCAGUCUCAAUCUCUAAGUGCACUUGAAUUUUCAGAUGAAAAAGCUCACAGAAGUAAUUGUAUUACCUGAAAAUCAAUGUUACCUUUAAAUCUACUUAUCAUGUUCUAAAUUAUUGUAAAAUUUAUAACUCUCAAAUUGACCGAGAAUCGGCUCUCCAAAUCACCACACUUUAUCUUCAGAACAUUUAACUUUUCUUUGGGGCUUUGAAAAACUUUUGCCCGAUACAUUUUCUAACCCCUUUUCUAAUUAUACCUAUUAUAACUGUAGGAUUUUUAUUUUCUCUUUUUCUGCAAAGAAUAUUCUUUAGUUUUUUACUUUGAUUUUCCACUAGUUGAAUUGGCUACUUUCUUUAUGGAUACUGUCAUAUUUUCAUUCCUCUGUUUUUUUCUUCUUUCAUAAUGUUGUCAAGACCUUCACAAGAUUUUUGAGGCUGUGCUUAAGUUUGUAUCUUUAAUAAAUAUUAAAUCCUUUGAA